AUGGCCGCAUGCAUCUUCUGCAAGAUUGUCAAAGGAGAGAUCCCUUCCUUCAAGCUCUUUGAGUCCGACAAGGUCCUGGCGUUUCUUGAUAUCCAGCCGCUGAGCCGAGGUCACGCUCUCGUGAUUCCCAAGCACCACGGCGUCAAGCUGACGGAUAUCCCCGACGACUCGUUGACGGACAUCCUGCAGGUGCUGAAGAAGAUCGCGGUGGCCACGGGCGCCGAGAACUACAACGUGCUGCAGAACAACGGGCGGCUGGCGCACCAGGAGGUCGACCACGUGCAUUUCCACCUGAUUCCGAAGCCAAAUCCCACCGAGGGCCUGGGUAUCGGGUGGCCCGCGCAGAAGAUGGAUAUGGACGAGUUGAAGAAGCUGUACGAGACGUUGAAGGCCAAGAUGUGA